UCUAGGUGUCUAGCAACAGCUAUCAGCCCAGACAGCCGGCGGCAACGGGAGCGGUAUUACUCGGUGUGUCUUUCCACGAUUAUUCGCUGCCGGGUAUACAAAAUUAAUAGUCGCUAGGCUGAAAAUAUUGAAAGAACAACCCUGAACCCUGCACAGAGAUAUGAGCGGCAGCGGGCGGCCCAGGACCAGCUCGUUUGCUGAGCCGCCAGGUGUUCAAGGAACCGCCGCUGCGUCCACCGGAUCAGCCGCUGCCGUGGGUAGCAGCACAGGAAAGUCCGGGGUCGCGCAGGCCUCCGGCAGCAGCUCGUCGGGAUGCUCCAACCUAAAGCUUGCCAGAGACAGUGGGAAGGUGACUACAGUCGUGGCCACACCAGGUCAGGGACCGGACCGCCCACAGGAAGUCUCUUACACUGACAUCAAGGUAAUUGGCAAUGGGUCAUUUGGUGUGGUGUACCAAGCUCGCCUCAUCGACAGCCAAGAGAUGGUGGCCAUUAAGAAAGUCCUGCAGGAUAAGAGGUUCAAGAAUCGGGAACUGCAGAUCAUGAGGAAGCUGGACCACUGCAACAUUGUCAGACUACGUUUCUUCUUCUACUCCAGUGGAGAGAAGAAAGAUGAAGUGUAUCUUAACCUGGUGCUGGACUUCGUACCUGAGACGGUCUACAGGGUUGCCAGGCAUUUUAACAAGGCCAAGAGCAUCAUUCCUAUCAUAUAUGUGAAGGUGUACAUGUACCAGUUGUUCCGCAGUCUGGCUUACAUCCAUUCCCAAGGCGUGUGUCACAGAGACAUCAAGCCCCAAAAUUUGCUUGUAGACCCAGAAACUGCUAUCCUCAAGCUGUGUGACUUUGGCAGCGCCAAGCAGCUGAUCCGCGGUGAACCCAACGUGUCGUAUAUCUGCUCGCGGUAUUAUCGUGCACCUGAGCUCAUCUUUGGUGCCACGGACUACACGGCAAACAUCGACAUCUGGUCAGCAGGCUGCGUGCUGGCUGAGCUGCUGCUCGGACAGCCCAUAUUCCCUGGGGACAGCGGGGUGGACCAGCUCGUGGAGAUUAUCAAGGUGCUUGGAACCCCAACAAGGGAACAAAUCCGAGAGAUGAAUCCAAACUACACAGAGUUCAAGUUUCCUCAGAUCAAAGCUCAUCCAUGGACCAAGGUGUUUAAACCACGCACCCCUCCAGAGGCCAUCGCUCUCUGCUCCCGGCUGCUGGAGUACACGCCAGCCUCGCGCUUCUCCCCUCUAGAGGCCUGCUCUCACGCCUUCUUUGACGAGCUGCGCCAGCCCAACACACGACUGCCCAGUGGUCGAGAACUGCCUAUGCUGUUCAACUUCAGCACCACAGAGCUGUCCAUCCAGCCCCAGCUGAACUCCACCCUCAUUCCUCCUCACGCUCGCUCCCAUUCAGCUGCCUCCGCCCACGAUGGUACUGGUUCAGACUCAUCUCAACACAGCUCAGUACCAGGAUCUCUGAACAGCAUCUGAAGCCGCUUCGCACCUGCCUGCCAGCCUCACCCUUAUCUCAGAUGCACACACACACACACACACACACACACACACACACACACACACACACUCCUGCUUUCCUCCAUGCUGCUUGCUCUCCUCUUAGAUGAUCUGUUUUUGUACAGUAACUGCGUUGAACAAACAAACAUUAGUUCUUUAGCUGCCAGGGUCCAAACCACGGCAGGUGAUUGUUAGGCACACACACACACACACACACACACACACACACUCAAACACAGUCAUCUCGCUGCUGCUCGGGUGGUCUGUGAAGGUUCAAUAGUGGGGGCUGGUCCUCUGUAAUAUAAACUUUUUUUAAAAUCAACUUUUUUUUUCUUAAUAUUUGUGUUUUAUUUAUUUGACAAAUUGAAAGCAUCAUGUGGUCACACAACAGCUAGUAUAUAUACAGGUUUUGUUUUUCCUCUUCAGAUUAUUUUUUUACACGCUUCAGUUUUUUUGCAUCUGAGCCUGAGAUCAGAACUGGCCCCCAACAGGUCAUCAGGGUAUAGGAUGUUUUAUUCAACUCAGGGCAGGAGAGUGGAUGCAGGGAAUCAUAAUCCCUAAGUCCUCCAGCCACAUUAUUUUACCAGCCCAGCCUGAUGUUAGGUGUGAAGUCUUCUUUAUUUAAGUGGCAGGUAGGGUAGAAGACCUCCUCAGUAGCAGGUCGCAGUGUUAGGAUGAGGGUGAAUGUGUUCAGUGGCUGCAUUACUCUGAACAGACCGGACUGGAGUCACCAUGUCUCGUAUUGUUUGGUUAAGAAUGGUUUAAUACCACUUCCUCUAACUGUUCCAAUACUUAGUUUGUCCCUUUUUUAAACAUGUAAUAUGUUAUUAGUACGUUUGUACACUGCGGCUUCUUUUAUUUAAACUUUUUCACUCAGAACUUUUAACAACAUUUUUGAUUAAUGGGCACCCUUAAAACAACGAAAAAAGAUUUAGAAUUCAAGUGUAAAAUACUAAACAAAGCGAGUACCUUUAUAACAGAUAGCAGGUAUUUUUGCCAAAUGUUAUCGGAUUUUCCUUUUUUCCCCAGAUAUCCAAUCUACCGAGUGUUAUUCUCCAAAGAUUAAGUUCCCCUUCAUAUUCACAGUUGUCUUUUAAAGAUCAAUCACGGCUUUAGGUUCCUUUACAUUUUUAUUUGGGAAUUUGUUCCACUCAUUUCAUACUUCCAUAUAAAGAACAUAAAUGGAUAUUGAAGCUUGUCUAUUUAAAUAGAGAUUCUGUUUCGCAACAUCAAUGCUUCUUAAGGAAAUUGUUUCCAGAAUUGAUUUGCUAAAGUCCACUGGUUUCAGAAAUAUUUCUAAAGGGGUUCUACUAAAAUAUGCUUUGAUUGAAUUAUUUUAAUUAAACAAAAUUUGAAAAAAAAUAACUUUCACUGAGGUCAACGUGUUAAGUAAAAUUUUGAAUUAUGGCAACUGCUUUUAAAAAGGCUGAUUGUUUUACAUUUAAACAUUUUAAAACUUUAAACAGUAUUUAAAUGUGGUAAAUAUAGUUACUUGUUGGCUCCCCCGUUGACAUGUAUUUAUACAGAAAAAACAAUAGGCUGGUUUUGCUGGUCUUUAAGUGUGUUUUACUUUCACAAUAUAAUACUUUACACUGUAUAAAGGGUCUUAAACCAUAUCAUCAGAUUUAAGAAAAAACGCUGUCUAAUCAAAAAGUCAAUUUUGAGGAAAUUCCCAUUUUAGCUAAAACAAAUUGCUUCUUGUCCUGAUGUAAGUGUAGAAAAAAAUGCCAAUGUAGUCCAAGAGCUGGGUGAGUGUUGAUUAAACGCAGCAGAGGAACUGAAUAAUGCUGGGAUGGAGGAUUUAAUGUUUUAUUAAAACUCGACAGGGUGGGAUACUUCAUCUAAAUUGAUUUGUUUUGUGAUGGAGUCAGACGUCAGUUUUUUUCAGCCAAGGAGGGCAUUAUAAUGUCGCAGCUACUUUACUCCCAUUACCAAUAAUAUGUGAACAAUUUCAAAACAAAAACACAGCACAGUGGAAGGCUUAAUGUGAGUAUAGUUAAACUUGAGUUGGAAGCAGGGGACUUCCUGUUUGGUGACUGUGUUUGUGUGCUCCUUGUACUUUUAUUUUUGUGCGGACCAAUUUGAAUUAAGAGUGAGGAAAAAGUAGCGUAAACAAGUGAAGGAGAAUGUAUUACCAGAGUCGCCCUUCUCUCAAAUAUUCACAGAUGUGUGUGACCAUACUCCAACGUGCAGUCUGAACAGCCAGUGUUGUAGGGAUUAGAGCCGUCAACAAUACAGAUCUUUAGUAAGCAGUGCAGACCACUUGAAAGUUUGUCGUAUAGUAUAUUUGAUACUAUCCUUCCAUGCCUCCACCUUUAAAACUGCAGCAAUGUUUGGUUAUUUGAAUGUUUUUUGGGGAUUCCACCACACUCACAUUGAUUUUGUAUGAGGAGAGUGGAGAGCAUACAUCAUUCUCUUCCCCUUCCUCCCCGUUUCCUUUGCUGUAAAGAGAACUAGCAUCAUGUUUAACUCUGCGGGCGCGACGCACUCAGAGCUGUCUGCGGCCAUGAAAAAGUGUAACCCCCCCACCCCCUGCAGAGGGAUCAAACGUGUCUGCUGCGUCUCUUCCUCCGAUCUCAGAAGCCAUCCCCCCCCUCACUCUCCUUCUCUUAUCGCACGUGUAAAUAUCACUGAUUUUUAUUUUCCUCUUUUUACUUUUUAUUACAGAGUUGUUUAUAUCUUCUCCCCCCCCCGCCCCCCUCAUCCUGUCGAUGAAGCAGUCUUAGUUUGUGCAUUUUUGUAAAUAUUUUUUUUUCUUUCACAAUUGAAAAUGUAAAUACAGCAAAGAAGAAAAACUCAGCCUACUCCUCAUGUUUGUUGAAAUCUUUCUCUCUCUUUCUUAGUACAAGUCCAGUGAAAAUUGUAACCUAGCUGCUAACGCGGUGACUCAGCUGUCCUGUGGGAGCACCUCGAUGUUGAAUGAACAUUUUAACGGGUUUCUGUUCCAUAAUGCUCUCUUUGUGGUCACUUUGGGUGGAAAAUAUAAUCCCUGUAACAUCAAUUUGACCUCUUAAAAAUCAAAAGUACUGAGUCAGUCAUGUUAGGAGCAUCUUUCUCCUACAGUCUAUUUCUAAUGUUGAUCAAUACAGUGUAAUAAAUGCAAAAUGUAUAAAACGAUGUUUGUUUUACACUCGUAUUGUAAAUCAUGUUAUACCUGAAAAGGAAAUUACAUUUGACAUGCUGCAAAUUCUACAUAAGAGGGAGCUGUUGCAUCAUUGUUGGACGAAUGCUAAUUCUAGUGAAGCAAAUUCAAGAUUUCAACUUGGUUUUAUUUUAUAUUAUUAUAUAAAAAAGACCUCCUGUUGUCGCUCCACGGUAAAGAGACCACACCCAGUCACUCUGUAAACGUCACAACAGAAAAAUGGCAAAAGUCGUACUUCGUAAAACAGCAGCUUUAGAAAUAAAAAAAGCCUCCGGCGCUUGUUUGAAUUCUCCUAGUAGAUUUUUCUUGUCACAUUUUGGAACAGAACUGUGUUUGUUGUGACAGAUUGCAAUAUAUAACUACUGUGCAGUAUUGAUAAAAAGCUAACAGGAUAUAGAUUAAGCCUAGGGUCAGUGGCAUUUUCAGACAAGUGCUUUGUCAUGCCUGACCUGAUCGUUAAAGUGUUUAGUUGGACUAGAAAUGUACAGUUUGAUGUCCAGCUUGUACUCAACUCGGGCAUUUUGUAUUAUGGCAUUCAGAACUUGUAUUGAUCAGCUACAGAGACAUUUGUGUGUCUAUCAGUGGUCAAUGGGCAGAAAUGUUGACUGAAUCUCAGAACUUGUUCUUUUUGUUUGUUUUCAGAUUGUCAGUUGUGUGUAAAUGUCACAUUUACUUCAUCAUUUUUACUCCGAUGCGGUUCACUUUGGUGUCUUUCUGCCCUGGUGGUCUGAUGUGUUGCAGUGAUGGAAGGAAAGAUGGUGAAAGAGAGAGAAAGAAAUACAAACCUGUCCGUCUCUGUUCUGUGUAUGUAUGAUAUGGACUCAUUUACUGUAAUAAAGUGAUGAAACUGUG